CUUCCCAUCUCUCUCUCCAAUCUUCUCUUCUAUUUAACCUCCCUACUCAUUUCUCCUUUUUCUCCAAGAAAAAAAAACACAAACCCUCUAAACCUCUAUCUCUAGAGCCUAGACUGUCUCUACUUUUCCAUUUCUCUCAAUCAACACACCCAUCACUCUCUGUAAUUAAUCUUGAAUAGCCAUGGAAGAGAUGAUGAAGAUACAAAACACAACAUGUCUGCCUAAAAGAUUUCGCCAUCAACAACAACAGCCUCAACCUAGACUAGGCAUGCACACAGAUUCACAUGUAAUCUCGAAAUUCACCAUGAAACCCAAAAUCAGAAUAGUUCACAUAUAUGCACCAGAGAUUAUUAAAACAGACGCCGCAAAUUUCAGAGAACUUGUCCAAAGACUAACAGGAAAACCUUCACCAUCAGAUCGCAACAAGAAAUCAUCUUCUAGUAAGAAGAGACCAGCAGCCAGAAGUAGUAGCAGUGCUGAUACAAGUUCUGAUCAUGUAAACGGUAAUUAUCAUCAUCAUGUUGGUCAUGAAGUUUCAACAACACCCAACUUAUUCUACAACAAUCUGCAGACAACAAUAGCAAAUACUACUGAUGAAUCAAGCUCAGGUCUUCAGAGUUCUGAUUAUGGUUCUCAUGGAUCAGUGUUAAAGGAAGAAGAAGAAGUUAUCUGGGGAGGUGAUAAAGGUUUCUUUACUGAUUUUGAAGGCUUAAUUCGAGGAAUCGGAUUACCUACCCAUUUGGAUAUGUUUGGUGAUACUACUACUAGUACCUAUGAUCGUUCUUAUGCAGUUUAUCCUUGACUAUGGUGGUGAGCUAAAUUUCUUAUUGAUUGGGUUAUUGUGGGAUUUGGUUAUUUUUGGAUGAGUUUUUUUAUUGUUGGUUUCAAUUUCUUCUUCUCUUUAGAUGUUCUUGACCGGGAAAGAAUUAAUCUCUCAUUUCAUCCCCUUUCUCUCUUAUUAUGUCUCUAACCAUUUCAUUGCUAGAGGUUAAAUUCUACAGUAAAUAAAUAUAUAUGUAUGAGAAGAUUUACAUAAUUAUGGGUGAUAUAACUUGUUAAUCUUUCUAAUUUCAAUUUUAUGGAUGUAAUUACACUCUUAUGUGUCAAUGUCU